AUGUUAAUUUGCUUCACCUAGUGAUAUCAAAACAUCUUGAUUAGAACAAGUCUUCAUUAAUAUGGUUUGUUAACCGUACGAAGAAGUGUAGCUAAACCAAUAUCGUAUGAAUUUAAAAAAAAUGGGAAAAAAUAUCAACCUGAAUCGUAACCACUACCUACUUCUUGGGCUGUUGUGUGGCUUUCUCUUUAGUUUUUAUUCACCGCAAGAAACUACGGAGUUUGGAGCAGAAUGUCCUGACGUGACUGAAAGUUCGGAAAAUGCAUUUGUGCUAUUACGCGACGGCGAAUUUGAGCCGCAACUGAAUUUGGAACAGAAACCCAUGAUGGCUAAGAAGGUGGUUAAAAACAUCAUUCGUCCACGAUACUAUUAUUCCGAACUUGGUAUUAGAGAGAAACUCUUCGUGGGUGUGCUGACUACGUCGGAAAAUGUGGAAACUAUUGCCACUGCGAUAAACCGAACUGCUGCACAUCUAGUGGAUAAAAUUAAGUUCUUCAUUCACGCCGAUAAUGUCAAGUCUUCGUUUAACUUGAAAAAUAUCGUAGGAUUUACUGAUACUCGUGAACAUCUACGUCCAUUCCAUAUGCUCAAGUACCUUGCAGACAAUUACCUAGAUGAAUACGACUUCUUCUUGCUGCUCACAGAUACAACAUAUGUAAAUGCUCGCAUGGUACGGCGACAACUGCAACACCUUAGCGUUACUCUGGACGUUUACAUCGGUACAAAUAUCGGUUAUGUUACGGAUCAAGAUGAAAACAUCAACGAAUCUAACCAAAAUCAGUACUGCGAUUUGAACGCGGGGAUUAUAUUGAGCAGCGGUCUUAUACGGAAAGUCAGGGCAAAUUUGGAUUGGUGUGUACGGAACGCAGUUUCAAAUUAUCACAGCGUCAACAUAGGAAAAACAAGAAGGGUUUAACAAGGCAGCCAUGGUAUACCCUAUCACCUCCAUGGACGACUUCUAUCUGCUGCAUGCAUACUUUUCACGCGUCCAUUUGAAACAAAAUACAAUCGUGAAG